UUUGCCCAGUCAUUGAUGUAUAAAUAACUCAAACUUAUUGUUUUAAAAUAAAUUUUAAUUAAAGUUAUUACUUAAUUUCAUUGUUUAUAUAAUUAUUGUUUGUAUUUAAAUUAAUUAUAUGGUUAUUGUUGUUAUAUUGUGCUCGAGGACAUUCGAUUGUGUGUUUAAAUAACAAUAAAACCAAUAAGAUUAUUCGAUGAAUUGAGAGUUUCUUAUCGUGUCUUCCAUUAGCAACUCUUAUCGUAAGACGAGAAUAACUAACUGUAGCGUAAACAUUAUUCUGAAUGCAAUGCAAUGACGAUUAUCAUUUGGCUUUGGUUGGUUCAAGUGUACAUUUUAAAUUGAUAAUUAUUAUUUUAUUUUAAACAUUUAACAAAAAAACUUUUAAAUUACAUUAAUUAGUUUGUAUUAUCCGUACAAAUAUGUAAUAACAAGUUGAUAAGUUGAUUGUAAAUAAAAAAUAAAAAAAGUUUGACAACAUAAAUAAAAACAAAGAUGAUGAUGAUGACAACAAUGACACGAUCGAGGUAUUUACCGGCAGCUAAAGUGACUAAAUGAUAAAGUAAAGAGUGACGGUUGAGGGUAAGCUGUGAAGAGUUGUCGCAAAGUGGUUAGCUGGUGAUAUCGACAUCGAGUCAGUUGACGAGGUGUUGAGAGAAGACGUUGAUAUAUAACGAGGAUAUACAUCAAUAUAUAAAUAUAUGUGUGUGUAUAUUGUUGAUAAUGAGGAAGUAAGAGAAAGAGAGUGAUUCUGUAAAAGGGGAAAAAGAGAACAAGUAUAAGAGCAAGAGAAGAGAGUGGAGAUUCCUGGGCACGCGCACUCCACCUGUUAACGUGUAACGGCACGCGCCAUCCUCCUCUCCCUCGGCGGCUCCUUUCCUCCUUCAUUGGUGUCUCCCUACCCCAUGGGAAGUAGUCGCCUCCUCCUCCCACGUUCUUUCCCUCACGCGUGGCACAGAACCGCGAGUUGGGACGCGCAGGAGUCAAUCGCUCGUGAGCUUGGACUGCUGCAUCAAGAGCUCGAUUUUCUCUUCUGUCUUUCAUAUUUUAUUUACUUACUCGAAAAUUAUCACUUUUAAAUACCGUACUGAUAACUUUUAUUUGCUCUUAUCAGCUGAUUUGUUUUUUUAAUUAUCAAUUAUUAUUUAUUUUUACAUAAAUAAAAAUACACACGUUAGAAUUGGAUUUUAAGUAUCGAUACCAAGAUAUCAACGAGAGCUAUAUAAAUAAUGUAUGACAGCCAGUUUUAUUUUAUGACUUUUGAACAAUUGUUUCAAUAGUUAAGUACAGAGUAUUGUUUUAUGGUUUAAUAAUAAUAAUCACAACAAUAAUAAAAAAGGAUAAAUAGUAAUGUGAAAAUGCUAUUAAAAGUUUUUUAUUUUAAACAAGCGUUAAGUGUAAUGAGAUGGGAUUUAUUGGUUUGUUGUUGAUACAAUAAUUGACUUUGAAGAGUAUACAUAUACAUAUAUGUAUUUAUAUAUAUAUAUGUAUUGAUGUAUGUAUGGAUGAAUAAAAUAAGUGUACGAUGAUUGUAAAGCUGACGUACAAGUGCGCGAGUCAGUAUCGAGGGAGGAAGAGUGCUUGAACCACCUGUUGAGGAUUUACGAGAGGAAAAUUGACAAGUUGUCUAUAUAUAUAUUCAUAUUUGUAUCUGAUAAUUAUCUUACUUGUUAAAUAUUUUUCGCGCAAUAUGUAAAUUAUUUUGUUGUUUUACUGUGGGUACAAAAUGUGAAGACAAGUGACAUAAUUUUUUGGAGUCAAAUGGUACGGAGUUUUGGCGGUUAAUUUUUUGAAUUGAACGAUGAGGAAAUUAAAAAGUAUCGAAAAUUAUUUGGACUACUUGUAUUUAAAUUUAAUGGAAAUGUCGGUGUCACUGCAGUGUUGGUGUAAAUGUGAGUGGGCUUGUAGUCGACAGGCAUCACUUGAUGUCCGCACAAGGCACUAUCAAACAUGUUGAAGCUCUGUGUUAUCGCUAUCACCCAUCAUCGUACAGCCUGAGUGCUAAAAAAAAAGCCAAAGAGGUCAAGAGUCGCGCGGGAGAGUGCGUGACGGACUCGCGGGCGCACGGGUUCACCCCGCGCUCGAUGCGUCCUCCUGUGUGUCUCUUCUUUAAAUAUAUAUAAAUAUAUUAUAUAUAUAUAUACAUAUGUAUUGUGUAUUUUAUUUUUAACUUAGUUAUUAAUUCUCACUCAACUACUAUUCUGUUUUUAACGGACGAUUGCUUUUAAUUACGAUCAGUUAUUUGAUAUCAAAUACUGCGAACUGUUGAUUUUUUUUACUGUGAAAUUGUUUGAUAAAUAUGUUAUGGAUACAAAGUUAUUUUGAAUAAAAAAAAUAUAUAUUCAAUUUAGUAUUCAAACAAUUUGCGUGGCUACUGCGUCGAUUCAUCCAGUUGGAAUGAUGCAGCAGAAAAUAUUAAAGAGGACGGCCGAGGACUUGGAGUCAACUGGUGCGAAUAACGUGGACAGUAAUUUCGGUGAGCCGCCGGUAAAAGUACAAUGUACUCAACAAGGUCCUCAGCAGCACCAGCAUCAGCAAACCCAAUCGUCGAGUGGAGCUGGAGGAGCUCAUCAUGGUAUGGGUCAGCAUCCGGCUGGCAACGGGACAAAUUCAACGGGACCUCAGGGUCCUAAUAAUCCUGGCGGUGGUAGUACAGGUUCAACUUGUACCGGUAACAAUACCAAUGAAGGUCUUACCAAGUUUUCUGUUGAGAUUGUUCAGCAGUUGGAAUUUACAACUUCCGCUGCUAAUUCCCAAGCCCAACAGAUAUCGACAAAUGUUACGGUCAAAGCAUUGACAAACACAUCUGUGAAAAGUGAUUUAGUGAAUGCAUCAUCGUCCCCGAAAUCUGGUUUAGACAAUAAUUCUUCCAAUGUUGUAUCUUCUAGGACUACAUCAAAUAAUCAAAGUGGCGGGAUCGGAUGUGUUGAUAUUGGUAAUUUAGUUGAGUGUAAACAGGAACCGGACAAUGAUUUUGUUGAUCUCGAACAGUGUGCCGCGGCUGUUGUUAAAGACGCUGCAGCAAAUGGCGCCGGUUUUCCUGGAUUUUCUGAUUUUAUCGACGAAACUGGUGACGAAAUGCUGACGUCUGAUACCUUUAAAGAUCUCAUAUCUGAAAUAACAGAUUACCCGGCGUUGAUGGAUGAGUUUGACUUUGAUGACAAGGGAAUAGAUUCUCUGACAUCGGGUGUUAAUCAUGGAAACAGUGGAGUUCCAGGAGCUCCCGGUGGAUCUGUUGGUAAUUCCGGUCCAAUGAAUAAUGGGCAAAUUAAAAUAGAAGAUGAUAAAGAUGCCGUUCAUCAGCAUAUUAAUGGUGGAAAUAGUGGACCAAAUGGUGCGAUUGGUUCAAACUCAAGUCCCGGACUUGGUUCAUCAUCCCAACAAUAUUCACCUGCUCGCUUGCCUUACUCAGGUUUAGAUUUCAAAUCAGAAAUGAGUCCAGCUGCUCAGACGUUGAAACAAAUGGCCGAGCAACAUCAGCACAAAAGUCAGCAAAUGGGUCUCGGACCAUUUAAUCCAACCGGCAAUUCGGCCCGUGGUCCUGCCUCAAGAUCUCCUUACACUGAAUUUCCACAAUUUGGUGGCAAUAACGAUUAUCUCGGUAGUCCUGGUAGCAAUGGUACCACCGGUAAUCAAAAUCAAAACGCUCCAAAUUCCGUAACAGCUUCUUACCACAAGAGCACCAGUAAUCCGGGCUUCCAAUCACAACCGACUAAUGAUAUGUUCGGUACGCAGACUCCGUUCGCCGGACUGAGUGAUAUGAAGAGAUCACAGUCGAUGAGCGGUAAACCUAAUAUGCUUGGACCGACAAGUUACAAGCAACAAUAUUCUCCAUACGGUAGUCCAGGUUCAAUGCCUAAUCACGGAAGUCCUGGCUAUCCUUUGCCAUCUCGUGGAGCACCCGGACCCGGCCCUAAUCAAGCUGGCUCCGGGCCGGGUCCUUUCACGAAUUCAACUCCUCCACGACCUCCUUCCGGUUCGGGAUCAGCAACCCUGCAAAUAAACCAAGCACAGCAACUGCAUAUAUCCAAUCCUGGACAUAAUAUACAGGUGUCAGCAGGCCAACAUAUGCAAUUAUCCGGUGACUUGAAACCCGGUGUCUCGGUGGCAGCACAACAGGGCAUGUACUUUAAUCAAACGCAAAAUCAAACAUCAUCAGGACAACAAGAUACAUACUGCUCGGUAUCGCAAUCCCAGACAAUCAAUUUUACUCAGCAGAGCCUGAGGCAACGAGCUGCUGCUGCCGCUGCCGCGGCUGCUGCGGCGGGUGGUGUACCGGGACAACCUGGACCGGGUGCACCACCGCCUAGAAAUCAUUCACAACAAGUACCGACAAACCAAGUUGAUCCACAUCAACAUGCCAAGCUUGUUCAACAACAACAGCAACAGCAACAGCAACAACAGCAGAUGCUGCGCGCCCAACAGGUAAUGCAACAUCAGCAGCAUUUGGCAGGUGGAAUGGGUGGCGUACGACCACCACCACCUGAGUAUAAAACAGCACAAGCGCAAAUGAUGCAUGCUGGUAUUGGUAUGGGUCAACAAGCGAGGUUUCCUAAUCAAGGGUCAAUAAGAAGAGUUGCACAGCAACCUAUGCCACCUUCGGGACCAAUGAUGAGGCCACCAUUAGCCCAACAACAGCAGCAACAACAGCAGCAGCAACAGCAGCAGCAAGCGUUACAUGCAGGCGGCAACAUGUAUAUGAGUAAUGUAGGCGGGGGUAUGCCCAUUAAUAAUAUGCAUCAGAUGCACCAGAGAUUAGGAUAUCCAAGGACGAAUAAUCAGCGACCGCCAAAUGUUAGCGUCGGUCCACCAGAAGGUCUAGGUAAUAAUAUCGGUGGCCGUGGCACACAACAAGAAUGGCGACAUCUUCUCAUGCACCAACAACAGGGCUUUCAAGCGCAGAUGCGUCCGCAAUUUAGUCAACAACCCCAUCAAGGUGGGUUUGGUAUGGGUGCUGGUACUGGUGGUGGUAUGCAAAUGAAUGCCACUCAAAUGCAACAUCAGCAGCUGAUACGGUCACAAAGUAGUGGAAUGAGUGGUGGUGCGAUGAACAAUAAUUCACAGAUGCAACAGUUAUUGUCUCAACAGCAUCAGCAGCAGACACUGGCAAUGCAACAGGGAAAUAGUCAAAUGUCAAUGCAGAUGCAAAUGUCACAAUCAGCAUCCGUUAAUUCUGUUUCAAACACUGGAACUGGAUCUCCGCUGCAUCCUCAUCAGCAGUACGGGUCUGGUAGUCCGGGAGUCAGAUCAUUGCCACCACCACAACAGCAGCAGCAGCAGCUCAACCAACAGCAAGCUUCAACGACAAACGAUUCGUCAGUUGCGACAGCCGCUGAUUUUAGUCUUGAAUUUUUUGAAACUCUUCCUGCUAGUGAUGCGUCGACUUUUAACCCUCAAGAACUACUUAAUUCGUUGGACUCAUCGGGGAACUUUAAUCUCGAUUUAAUUUAAUUUAUUUGUUGUUAACAAUCAGCUGUUGAUGUACAUAGAAGACAAAUAGGCAAUCACGUUUUAGUCAAUUUAAUUAUUAUUAUUAUUGCUAUAAAAACAGUUAUUAUUUUAUAGCAAUUAACAUAUGAAGAGAGCUAAGAAGAGAGUAAAAGCAAUCCGAUCAACGUUUGAUCAUUAUUUGUUGACUGCUUUCUCUCUCUGAAUUAACUUACUCUCAAUCUCUCACUCUCUAUCUGGCAUCUGAGUGCUCUUGUCGACGACCCAAGUGUACCUUCGACGAGCACUCUGUCAAUGCAAUUAUUAUUUUUUUUUUUAAUUUAAAAUUUUUCGAUACAUUUUCUUACUUCGGUUAUGGUCCUGAAGUCUGCAGACAAUUAACAAUUUUUGAAUUUUAUUUUUUUUUCAAUAAAUCAAUUACAAAAAAAAAAAAAAAAAAAAAUAUACACAUGUAGAAAAUUUAAUAAACUACAGGUGCAAUUUUUUCAAAUAUUUUUUUUUUAUAAUUUAUCGUUUUUAAAAAAAUUCAAAAAUUAUUAGACGUCGGCUGACUUCAGUAUCAUUGCACUUUAUCGUGUGUUAACUCCGGAAUAGGAUUGUACGGAAAUAAUAAUUGUAAUCAUUACAAUUACAAACAUAUUAUAUAUGUAUGACAAGGUUGAAUUAAUAUUAUCAAUAGAUAAAAUUUCUGUCUAAAAGUAGACCAAUACACAAUAAAAAAAUCUUGAGUAUUUAAUAAUGAACUGUCAAAUGCUAAAGUAAUGAUUACAAAUCAACUGAAAUUUAAAAA